AUGCUGGAGCGAGCGAAGAGAUCGAUAAGACAAUACCCUCAAUUCGGUGGUAAGGGAUUGCUAAACAACGCUCAGGAGGAACCUGACAAUCAGGACGAUACACCACCUGGAUCAGGAAGCGACGACAAUGGAGAUGAUAGACCUAACAAUGAUCCCAUCGUCGUCGACGACAGCGACGAUGGCAACACGAAAGAUCUCGACAACGAGAUCAUCGCGACAAAGGAAUCGAUCACCGAGACCUUGAAAGAGAUUAUGGAAAACCAGAAACUCAUGACCCAACACCAAGAGAAGCAGAACAAAUUCGAGCAACACACUAUAUCCCUAGACACCUACUAA